AUGCCGAGAAAGUCUCGUAAGCGAAGCGUCGAGGACGCAGUUGAGGAUGAUGAGGCAUCUUCUGUCAAGCGGCCAGCACACGAUGAAGGUAGCGAGGAAGCUACAGAAGCUGGAGAGCAAGAUCCCUCCACGGGUGUGAAGGAAGAAGAGCAAGAAGCCGUCUCACAAAAAGAGGAAGAAGAGUACGUCUCACAAAAAGAGGAAGAAGAAGAAAUCUCACAAAAAGAGGAAGAAGAGGACGUCUCACAAAAGGAGGAAGAAGAAGAAAUCUCACAAAAGGAGGAAGAAGAGAUCUCUCAGAAGGAAGAGAACGAUGAUGCCGAUGACGAACAAGCUGGUGAAGAAGAACAAGCCGCUGCCAUCAAGGACGACGAACCAAUGACCGAAGAAGGCGACAAUGACGAGGACGAGGAGAUGGAGGAAGCCGACAAUGACGAAGAGGACAACAACCAACGGGAAGAGGAUGGAAAACCCUUUCGGAGAAUCAACGCUGCAGGAAAGCCAGCUGAGUGUGGUGUGAUUGCCAGUGUUUAUUGUGAGAACUUUAUGUGUCACCCGAGGCUGACAAUUGAUCUCUGUCGGAAUGUCAACUUUAUUCAUGGACGGAAUGGCAGUGGAAAAUCGGCAAUCCUCGCUGCAAUCCAGAUUUGUCUCGGCGCAAAUGCCAAGCGAACGGGCCGUGGCAGAAAUCUGAGAGACUUGGUCCGGAAGGAGGCUGCCGGGCGAAACCCCAACACAUCCGCAAAGGUUCGAGUGACGCUCUUGAAUGGGGGUGAAGAUGCCUACAAACCCGACUUAUUCGGCGACAAAAUCACUGUCGAACGAUGCAUUUCACUUUCAGGAGGCUACAAUGGCUUCAAGCUCCUGGAUGGAGACGGUAAAGAAGUCUCACGCAACAAGAAAGAUUUGCUGGAUAUGUUGGACUACAUGAAUAUUCAGGUGGACAAUCCCGUGGCAAUCCUCAGUCAAGAAGAGGCCAAGAAGUUCCUGGGAGGGAAGCCAGAGGAUAAAUAUCGUUUCUUCACUAAGGCGACGGAGCUGGAACGAAUCGAUGGUGUUUAUGCGGCAAUCACCGAUCAGCACGACGACAUCCAAACGAAACAAACGACCUUGACGGAAUCUUUGGAGGCCAAGACGGAAGUCGUCAAAACUCUCCGAAAGAAAGUUGAUGAAUUCCAAGCAGUAGACAAAUUGGAAAAACAGUUGUUGGAUACCACUCGAGAUAUGGCUGUUGCUUUCUAUAUGGAACGCAAUGCUGAUUUUGAAAAGGCAGCUCAGACUUUGCAAGGUACCCAGGAGAAAUUGGAAGCGAGAGAGCAGGAGCUGACGCAGCUGGAAGAGGAAAAGGCAAGCGGCUCCAACGACCAAGAUGAAGAGAGUCGAAUCAAGGAGACCAUGGACGAGCUCCAGAAAGAGGCAGAGAUCCAGGGGGAUUUGAAACGAAACCUUGCGGCAGACUUGAAACUGAAGCAAGCGCCAAUCAAGGGUCUUCAGCGCGAUUUGAAGUCGUUGGCAGCGGAAAAGAAAACCCACGCCCAAAACUUGAUUCGAGCCAAGAAGCGUCUCAAGGAUGCACGGGAGGAAAUGCUCGCAAAAGCUGGGUCCGCAGAAUCCGAAACGGCUCGCCGCACAGCCGAGCUCGCCCAAAUUGAAGAGUCUCUUGACAAAGCCAAAGCGGAGCUUGAUGAGAUUCAUGAGGCCAUUACCGUUUCGCACCAGGAAUACAAGGAGGGAUUGCCGGAAGUGGAGCAAGCCAAAGCGCUUUCGGGCAAAAAGAAAAGCGAGUUGGAUAGGGCAAAAUCGACUCUUCGGGAACUUCAAUCCUCCACGUCGAGUGAUGGAGCAUCAAUCUUUGGUCAACGCUGUUCCCAGAUGAAGCACAUUGUGGACCAGCAUACACGCAACGGCAAAUUUCGAGGCCAGGUAAUUGGGCCGAUUGGCGCCUAUCUCAAACUUGCCCCUGGGAAGGAGAAGUAUGGCCAGCUGGCUGAGUUCUGUAUUGGUCAGAACUCAAUGGAUCGAUUCAUCGUAACGGACCAGCGAGAUGUCAAGCUCGUAGACUCGAUUCGACGACAGGUCGGUUGCCAACGUGACUGUGGCGUUUUCAAGGUAAAAUCGAGCCCUCGCUACGUGGUCCCUCCGCCCCCUUCGGACCAAGUUGAAACAGUCGCUAGUGUCCUGAUCGUUGAGAAUGAUAUUGUGUUCAACUGCUUAGUUGACCAACUGAAUAUCGAUCGUCGGGCCUUGGCUCCUUCGAAAGAGGUUAGCGAAGAGAGUCUCUUGGUAUCCAACCAAAACGGCCGCUAUUCCAUCAAAGGCAUCAUCAACGAAGUUGUCUUUCUACCGAGGGGAGACAAAUGGAGUGUUCGCGACGGUGCGCUUUCCAUCAUGUCGAACGACAGGCAGAAAUUUCCUGCUCGCAAAAUUGGAGUGGACCUUACAUCCGCUAUUGAGGAGCGCCAAGAGGAAGUCCGUACUUUCGACAAGGAACUGAAGGAGUUGCGUGCGGCUGAAUCAGACUUGUCUCGCGAAUCUAAUCGAUUGAAGAAACUCUGGAACGAGAAACAACGAGAAAAGCGAAAUAACGAAGUCAAGGACGAAAAACUCCGCGAACGAAAGGAAAGAAUCGAAUUGGAGCUGGAGACGACGGCAGACACGGCAAUGGACACCACCGAACUGGAAGACGACGUCGCCAAAGCGGAGGAGCAGCUGAAUUCCGUGAAUGAGAAAGAGACAAACAUUCGCAAGGACAUUGAAGAAAAGCAGCCAGAAAUUCAAGAUGUGCGGAACCGGCUUGAAGAGGUUCAAGCUCGCAAUGACAAGGUUCUACAAGACAUGCAGAAGGCAGCGGAAGAUCUCGACGCCUGCGUGCAACGCAUGGAUCAGUCGCAAGCAAUUCUUGAUAAAAAGCGGGAGAAGGUGCAGAAAACUGUAGAGAUUGCCAAAAAGAGAAAAGAGGAAUUUGAAAAGCGGGAGAAGGAACGAGAAAACGCCUUGACUGUUGCGCGGAAACUCACUCUCCAGGCGCAGCUCAAAGAGGAGCGAGAUAAAACUGAAUCUGCUGGUUGCGCUCAGGAGCCGUCGCAAGCGGAGUUCACCGAAGAUGAGCUCGCAAACGUAGAAAUUGUUGCCGUUGACAAAGAACACAAGUACUACGAGGCCAAAAUGAAAAGGGUCAAGGCGAAGAUUGAAAAGGAACUUGAGCGCAGAGACCUUUCAAACGAGGAUCCCACUGAAGCCAUCGAGAAACUUUCAAGAGCCAAGGAUGAUUUGCGCUCGACGCAGGAAGCUGUGGACAAAAGUGAGAGCACGUUGCGGGUUCUUCGCAGGGACAUGAAGAAAAGACGCCAACGAUUCGAUGAUCUCAAAGACUACUUGGCUCGCAUGACACACGAGCGCUUCGACAGCAUCUUGCAUCUAAACAAUGCCAGUGGAAGUCUUGAGUUUGACGACGACAAAAAACAACUGAACCUGGUGGUGCAGAAAAGCGCCAAAGAUCCCAACAGUCAGACAAAAGACGUCAAGUCCUUGAGCGGUGGGGAACGAAGCUUCACAACCAUAUCAUUGCUGCUCGCGUUGGGGGAAAGUCUGGAGACGCCCUUCCGCGUGUUCGACGAAUUUGACGUGUUUUUGGAUACACAGGCACGGAAGCUUGCAAUCAAAACUCUCAUUCACAUCGCCAAGAAGAUGGAGCACCGGCAAUUCGUGUUUAUUACUCCUCAAGAUCUCUCUAGUGUCACCCCUGAUCCACAGUUGAAGGUUUUCAAACUCAAGAAUCCUCGCUCCAGCGAGGAAGCUGGUGGCCUCACUCAGUCUCACCUGGACUGA